GUUUUCUCUGUCUAGGGUUUUGAGAGAGAGAAAGAGGUCAGGAAAGUGAGUCAAAGCCAUUGAAGGUGAUGGUGCAUAGCUGUAAUUCAGCCAAAAGAGAGGGCUACUGCUAAAUGGAAAACCCAGAACCAGAAGAACCAGAGAAGAAGAGGCUUCACUUGGAUACUUCGGUCAUGGCUCGGAACUCCAUCUCUUCUCCGAACAACAACAAAUCGGUUGAUGCUGGAGUCCUCCAAUACCAGAAUCAAAAACUUGUCCAGCAGUUAGAAACUCAGAAGCAAGAGUUACACGAUAUUGAAACCAAGAUUAAAGAAUUAAAAGACAAGCAAAAUUCUUACGAUGAUAUGCUAAUUAGCGUGAAUCGACUUUGGAAUCAGUUGGUUGAUGAUGUGAUUAUGCUUGGAGUACGAGCUGGAGGAGGUGUAAAUGCUUUAAAAAGCUUGGAUCGAGCAGAGCAUUCCCGAGGUUCUAUUCCACCAUGUCCUCCGGAAGAGACAUUUCUUUGCAGGCUGCUAGAAUCAGAUUUUGUUGAGAGUAGUGGUAAUGGUGGGGUUAUGAAAUAUGUGGAAGAAGCCCUUGCUUCACGCCGUUCAUCAACUAUUGAAUUGAUGAAAUUUCUGGAGGAUACUAUUGCUGCCGAGAGGGAGAAAACUGAGAGCAUAGCUCAAGCUCUGCAUGGCAACAUAUCUGCAGAAGACACCAUUAUUCAAUUGUCUAAGAUUGAUGAUAUGAUGAAAGAGGAGGCAAAAAAUUUGCAUGAGGUGAUUGAUGCUCUCCACUCAAAGCAUAAAGAAUAUGCGGAUGGGAUUCAGACAUAUAGAAGGAAUGAUUUAGUUGAUCAGUCUGAGAUAAAACGUAUCAAAGGUGAGCUGGAGGAGGUCAUGGCAGAACUCGAAGAAAGCAGAAGAAAACUCGUCAAUCUGAAAAUGCAAAAGGAUAUAGCAUCUCGCAUGCAUGUAACCUCUCCUGUUGCAGUAAAUGGAAGCUUGUCACCUGAGAAGCCUGAAGAUAAGGGAAUGGGUUUGCAGGAAUUGAAGGAUUCCAUUGAGGAGGCAGAGGUUGUGGCAGCAGAUCGUCUUUCUGAGCUUCAGGAAGCACGGGAACAGAACCUCAUGUACUCAAAACAACUUGUUGAUCUUGAGAAUGAAGUGAAAGAUGAAAAAUAUGUGUAUUCAUCUCGACUGUAUACUCUGUUGAAUGAUCAACUCCAACAUUGGAAUGCAGAAAUGGAGCGAUACAAAACACUGACAGAUGCUCUGCAGGCUGACAGGUCUCUUGUCAUGAGGAGGGAGAAGGAGCUGAAUGUAAAAGCUGAGUUAGCAGAUGCUGCCAGGAAUACAAUUCACAAUUCAGACUCUAGAGUUGAAGAGCUAGAAACUCAGCUUCAAAAGUGUAUCAUGGAGAGAAAUGACCUUGAGAUUAAAAUGGAAGAAGCUAUCCAGGAUGCAGGGAGAAAUGAUAUUAAAGCAGAAUUCAGCGUAAUGGCAUCAGCUUUGUCUAAGGAAAUGGGAAUUAUGGAAGCUCAAUUGAGUCGCUGGAAAGAGACUGCACAUGAAGCAAUUUCCUUGCGUGAAGAAGCCCAGUCGCUAAAAGCUUUAUUAAACACUAAGUCAAAUGAACAGAAGCAUUUGGUAGACAAAUGUGCUGAGCAGAUGACACAAAUAAAAACCAUGAAGGGUUUGGUUGAGAAGUUGCAGAAGGAAAAUUUGGAACUGCAGAUCUUCUUGGACAUGUAUGGCCAAGAAAGUUAUGAUAAUAGAGACAUUGUGGAAAUAAAAGAAUCAGAACAUAGAGCUCACUCUCAAGCUGAAGUGUUGAGAAAUGCUUUAGAUGAACAUAGCCUAGAGUUGAGAGUGAAAGCUGCUAAUGAGGCUGAGGCUGCUUGCCAACAAAGGCUUUCCAUUGCUGAAGCUGAAAUAGCUGACUUAAGAGCCAAAUUGGACGCUUCUGAGAGGGAUGUUUUUGAGCUCACAGAGGCCAUUAAAAUUAAAGAUAAAGAGGCAGAAACAUACAUUUCUGAAAUUGAGACCAUUGGUCAAGCAUAUGAAGAUAUGCAAACACAGAACCAGAAUCUGUUGCAGCAGAUGACUGAGAGGGAUGAUUACAACAUUAAGCUUGUUUCUGAGAGUGUAAAGACAAAACAGGCUCAUAGCCUCCUACUCUCUGAGAAGCAAACAUUAUCAAAACAACUUCAACAAGUCAAUGCAUCAAUAGAAUCUGUGAAAGUGAGGAUGGCUCACAGUGAAGAACAGAUGAAAGGUUGUCUUACUGAGGGUCUUAAAGCUUCUCAAGAAGACAGACAUCUUGUGAUUAAUCUCGAAACUACAAGAUGGGAAUUGGCAGAUGCUGAGAAGGAGCUGAAAUGGCUUAAAUCUGCUUUGACUUCUUCUGAGAGGGAGUAUGAGCUGGUCCAACGCAAGGUGGAUGAGUUCCAAGGGAAGUUGGAUAAAGAACGGAAUGAGAGGAAAGAUCUGGAAGAAGAGCUUGAGGAAGUGAAUAGGGAGAUUGCAAGGUUGACUUCUGAAACUGGAGAAGCCGCAAUACAGAAGCUCCAGGAUGAAAUAAAGAACUGCAAGAAUAUUCUCAAAUGUGGUGUGUGUUUUGACCGGCCAAAAGAGGUUGUGAUUGUGAAAUGCUAUCAUCUAUUUUGCAAUCCAUGUAUACAAAGAAAUUUAGAGAUUCGGCAUCGGAAGUGCCCCGGCUGUGGGACUGCAUUUGGUCAGAACGAUGUUCGGUUUGUGAAGAUAUGAGCAAUCUACCCAUGUUUAGUACCCAAACUUCGAUUUUGGGUCAGCAAAUAUUUAGGUCGCAGUGUGGCAGCUGGCCUUCUUUUAAAGUCGGCAUAUAAUGCGUAACAAAAAAUUUAAUUUUUUUUUUCCUUUUUCUGGCAUGCAAUAUUCAACAGAGCAUGUGUGUUGUAUCUAUGUAAGGGGAAAGAAAAACGGUAAGAAAAUGAAGUUGGAUAACAUUUGCAAAUCACUCUUCUUAACAUCAAAACUUGCUCAUAAGAAAUUGAUAAUUGAGGUAAGACAACACCUUUUCUUUUGAAAUUGUAUGCAUGAUAAUACUCUGUUAGCAUCGAUCCAAAAGUUACAACUCCUUAUAAUAUACAUUUGACCAACUGGUAGCAAGUUGAGCUCCAGUGGUGGGAUGAUUUGUUUUUUCUUUUUCUUAAAUUUUAUAAUAUUUACAUGAUAUCAGACGAAUAGAUAUAUAUAUAUUAUUAUGUGUUUGUAUUGGAAUUAAAAGUGCCAAUAAAACUUUUAUAAAAAA